UGGCGCGAAGUUCGAGGAUGGUUCUGGAGCAAAACUUAGGUGUGGCGUGUCGGAAACGUAGGCUUAUUUAUACUUAAAGCUCCAUUCACCUCUCAUUAUAAAUUUUACUAGUUCAUUGUUUGAAAAGCGAGGACACCCAGGUUCAGAUACUUUCUUUUUACUUUCCAUUAGCGUACAGGCAGAGUUGUUGGAGCACGUUUCUCUAAGUAUUUUAAAUGACAACUUGUAUACCUGCUGGAAGUGGCAACUUGCAUUGUAGUGUGGCACCAUGCAGGGGACAAGAUUAUAGAAAAACUUCUUGGGUUUCCGGUGUAGCAUUCAACCGAUGCAUACAGAAAGAGCUCUUGUGGUCAUGUGGAGUAUCAAAGUUCUUGCAGACCCAAAGAUGUAAUUAUUCCAAAUUUCCAUUUAGUGAGAACUGGAAGUCUCUUAGAACUGUCACUUCAUCAUGCUUGAGAGAGGGUUCCACGAAGUAUUUUGAUUUUGCUGUCAUUGGCAGUGGAGUUGCUGGCCUUCGCUAUGCUCUUGAAGUUGCAAGGCAUGGGUCUGUUGCUGUGAUUACAAAGGCUGAGCCUCAUGAGAGCAACACAAACUAUGCUCAGGGUGGAGUUAGUGCUGUGCUAUGCCCUUCGGACUCAGUGGAGAGUCACAUGCAUGACACCAUUGUAGCAGGGGCUUAUCUAUGUGAUGAGGAGACUGUCAGGAUUGUUUGUACAGAAGGACCUGACAGAAUUAGAGAACUAAUUGCAAUGGGUGCCUCAUUUGAUCAUGGGGAGGAUGGAAAAUUGCAUCUAACAAGGGAGGGGGGACACUCUCAUCACAGAAUUGUUCAUGCUGCUGAUAUGACCGGAAGGGAAAUUGAGCGGGCUUUAUUGGAGGCAGUUGUUUAUGAUCCAAAUAUUCAUGUGUUUGAACACCAUUUUGCAAUUGAUUUGCUAACUUGCCAGGAUGGUUCUGACACAGUAUGUCUUGGUGUUGACACAAUGAAUACUGAAACACAAGAGGUUAUAAGGUUUAUUUCAAAGGUGACUUUACUUGCAUCAGGUGGGGUUGGACAUAUCUAUCCAUCAACUACAAAUCCUCUGGUAGCUACUGGAGAUGGAAUGGCCAUAGCCCAUCGGGCCCAAGCUGUGAUUUCCAAUAUGGAAUUUGUUCAGUUCCACCCAACUGCCUUAGCUGAUGAAGGCCUUCCUGUCAAACCAAGCAAGUCUCGAGAGAAUGCGUUUCUCAUCACUGAAGCUGUUAGGGGUGAUGGAGGCAUUCUGUAUAAUUUAAGCAUGGAAAGGUUCAUGCCCUCGUAUGAUGAGAGGGCAGAGCUUGCUCCCAGGGAUGUUGUGGCAAGAAGUAUAGAUGACCAGCUUAAAAAGCGUAAUGAGAAGUACGUGCUCCUUGAUAUAAGUCACAAGCCUAGGAAAAAGAUUCUCUCACAUUUCCCCAACAUUGCUGCUGAGUGCCUACAGUAUGGCCUGGACAUAACCUGCCAGCCAAUUCCAGUGGUUCCUGCUGCCCAUUACAUGUGUGGGGGUGUCCGUGCUGGGCUCCAGGGGGAGACAAACGUGCAGGGCUUGUAUGUGGCAGGUGAGGUUGCAUGCACAGGUUUGCAUGGAGCAAAUAGGCUUGCUAGCAACUCAUUGCUUGAAGCACUGGUAUUUGCAAGAAGAGCUGUUCGGCCCUCAAUUGAUCACAUGAAGAGCUCUAAACAUGACCUCGGUACUUCAAAUUGGUGGUCUAGACCGGUUGUUCCUUUUUCACUUGGGAGUGAAGCUAUGGACAAAAUUUUAUUAAUGACAAGGAAAGUAAGGAGGGAAUUGCAAUCAAUCAUGUGGGAAUGCGUGGGAAUUAUUCGGUCCACAACAAGGCUGCAAUUUGCAGAGCAAAAGAUUGGUGAGUUGGAGGCUAAAUGGGAGGAAUACUUGUUCCAACAAGGGUGGGAGCCAACAAUGGUGGGCCUUGAGGCUUGUGAAAUGAGGAACCUCUUCUGUUGUGCAAAGCUGGUGGUGAGCAGUGCCCUUGCUAGGCAUGAAAGCCGUGGACUUCACUACACGAUUGAUUUUCCUAAUCUGGAGGAAAGUAAGAGGCUGCCAACAGUGAUUUUGCCUGGUUCAUCAGUAAAGGGUACAUGGAGUUCACGACAACUACACAAGCAGCCCCUAUAGCACACAGUUCAGCCUUGCUGGCAAUAUUUGUAUCUACAGGUCUUUUACCUUUACACGUGAAAAGCCAACAUUGAGGCUGGGGUGGAAGUGUCUCUAAGAGUAUUCACAUCUGAAAAUUCUAUCCCAUCCUAUUUUACUAUCCCAAAAAGUUAGUUUAUCAAUUAUAUCAUAACAUUUAACAAUA